GCUGUUUCCGUCCGCUCUUACCUGUGACUUCCCACUUCAGCAAAGAAGACGAAGAAGGAAAAAAAGCGACUGCUGCUCCGAUCGAAACAUGGGCUGCCUGCAAGCGCCUGUGGAAGGCUCACUCAGAAACGGCUGUGAAAGGCUGCGAGCGUCCAGACUUGGCUCUCUCUCUCUCCCUCUCUCCAAGUGUCGUCUGCUCCAGGCAAAUCAAUGAGGAUCCGCGAUGCUGAGUGCGGCAACCCUCGUUCGCCUUGCAAGAUAAUUUUGUGCAUUUCAACUUUUGAAUAUCAUCAGCAAGUUAAGAGAAAUACCUCCUAAAUCAUUUUGACAAAUAUGACUGAUCGGUUCAUUUUGACGCGCCUUUUGCAUUUAAUAUGUGAUCUUUUUCAUACUGUUUUACGAGUGGGAUAAGGGAGGGCGAAAGGUGCGUUUGGAGCUUGGCGGACAACGGGGCUCCUGCAAAUAAAUUCAUUUUUGAAAUUCCGGGGGGGAAUGAGGGGGCACUAUUCCGAACCCCCCACACUGAUUGAUUAGUUAUUAGUCAUCCCGUGGUUCAGAGACUCUUCCAAAGGGCAACGUGGAACACAUACAUGAAUCAACUAUCCGUUACCCUUCAAUCUCAGCUGAAGACUCACUUUUGCUUAAAGAAGGGGUGAGAAGGGGGUCGUGGCUUAACAUUAUAAGAGGGAAAAUAACAGCAUCGCUUCAUGGGUUUGUUUAUCUCCAAUCUCCGUCUUGACAAGCACUUGUAAAAAUCCAAGGGAAGGACUUUUAAAGAAGAACACUGUGACAGCACGUAUUGUAUUUCAUACAUUUAUCAUUCCCCUCCCCCUUUCUGUUUUUUAUUUAUCACCUCUUCUCCCGAAAAAAAAAUGAAAGUUUGGAGUUUUCUUCCCUGGCUCCCCUGCCUUGUCAUCCUCAUCUUGUGCUUUGGAUCAGAGUGCGGGACAGUCUGGAGAAAGGGGAGAUCCAAGAGGGAGUUGGUGCGGAUGAGAGACGCCAGAGCGACCUUCCCGGGGGCUUGUGCCACACGGCUGCCCCGGGGCAAACGCUCCUUGCCCGGCUUGGAUCGGCGGUUGCCUCGCCAGCGGCGUCGCUCCUCCCAGGCUGAGGAGAGCUCCUCAGGUCGGGGAAAGGCAGUUUAUUUUACCGGGAGGGGAGACCAACUACGACUUAAGCCAGGAGUGGAGAUACCGCGGGGAAAUUUUACUUUCGAGAUGUGGGUCAAACCCGAAGGAGGUCAGCGAUCGCCCACAGUAAUUGCAGGACUGUUUGAUAAAUGUUUCUAUGCGUCCAGCGAUCGCGGUUGGCUCCUGGGCAUCAAGGCGGUCAGUGAACAGGGCAACCGUGACCCACGCUUCUUCUUCUCCCUGAAGACCGACCGCGCCCACAAGGUCACCUCCAUCCAUGGCAACGGCCGCUACAUGCCCAACCACUGGGCGCACGUGGCGGUCACCUACGACGGCCUCUACAUGAAGCUGCUGGUCAACGGUGCCCAGGUGGCAGUCAGUCGGGAGCAGUCCGGCGACGUCUUCAGCCCCCUCACCAAGAAGUGCAAGGUCCUGAUGGUGGGGGGGAACGCGCUGAACCACAACUACCGGGGCGCAGUGGAGCAGGUCAGCCUGUGGCGCUACGCGCGCUCGCAACAGGACAUCAACAGAGACAUGCAUGCCCGACCGGACGUGGCCGAGGACCUGGCGCACCUGGUCAUCCGGGAGAAUUUCGAGCACGUCAGGCGGAAGUGGCUGUCGGUGAAGGAUGGCAGUCUCCCACAGCCUGACGAGGGUCCCCGGGCUGGGAUAGGGGGCACAGGCGGGGGCUCGCUGGACACUACACUUGAGCCAACUAAUUGUGGCCAGAUGGUGUGUGACAACGUAGAGGUGGCGACCAACUACAACCGCUUCUGGACUUUCCGGCGCCCGAAGGUGGUGCGCUACCGCGUGGUCAACAUCUACGACGACAAUCGCCGCAAACCCACCGUCACCGACCAGCAGAUUCACCUGCAGCACCAGCACCUGAACGAGGCGUUCAGCCUGUACAACAUCACCUGGGAGCUGAGCGUGCUGAACGUUACCAACUCCUCACUACGGCACCGCCUCGUGCUGGCCAACUGCGACAUCAGCAAGGUUGGCGACGAGGAGUGCGACUUGGAGUGCAACCACACACUGACCGGCUUUGACGCCGGCGACUGCCGGCCCCAGAGGAGCGACUGUCCGCAGCAGAAGCUGGGCGAUGGGAAGUGCGACGCGGAGUGCAAUCGGGACAGCUCAACAGGCCUGCUGCAGUACUUCUACGAUGGUGGAGACUGCUGCAACCCCAACGUCACCGACGUCACCAAAACCUGCUUCAACCCAGCCUCACCGCACAGGGCCUAUCUGGAUGUGAAGGAACUGAAGGAGAUCUUAAACCUGGAUGGGUCCACGCACCUCAACGUCUUCUUUGCCAACUCCUCUGAUGAAGACCUAGCCGGUGUUGCCACCUGGCCGUGGGACAAGGAGGCCUUGACACAUUUGGGUGGGAUCGUGCUGAACCCUUCCUUUUAUGGCACCUUUGGUCACUCACACACCAUGAUCCACGAGAUCGGUCACAGCCUGGGCCUCUACCAUGUGUUCCGCGGCAUCUCGGAAGUGGAGUCCUGCAACGACGCGUGCCUGGAGACCGGUAUGCCGAUGGAGACGGGCGACGAAGCCGCACCCACAACCCCACCCAAACACAAGCACUGCCGCGGACUUGAGCCAGGCAACGAGACCCGCAACACCUCACACACACACACACCCUUCAACAACUACAUGAGCUACGCAGACGACGACUGCACCAACUCCUUCACACUGAACCAAGUGGCGCGCAUGCACUGCUACUUGGACCUCAUCUACCAGACCUGGCAGCCGGCCUACAAGCCACCUCCCGUGCCUCUAGCGCCCCAAGUGGUGGAACAGGAGCAUGACGCCAUCACCCUGGAGUGGUUUCCCCCCAUCUCAGGACACUUCUACGACAGAGAAGUGGGAUCAGUGUGUGACAAGUGCACUGAGGGCAGAGUCCUUCUGCAGUACGCGUCCAACUCAUCGUCCCCACGACCAUGCACCCCCUCUGGACACUGGAGCCCUCGAGAGGCCGAGGGUCCCCCUGACGUGGAGCAGGCGUGUGAGCCGAGUGUGCGCACCUGGAGCCCUCAUAACGGCAUGGAGGUGGAAGGUAGGUGUGCACCCCGUGCCCGCUACUGGUGCAUGCUGCAGCUGGGUGCAUGAGCGCUGGUGCCUGACUCGCUCACCAUCUGGGUGACCUUCUCGCUCGCCCGGACGCUUCCAGGCGAAGGCCGUGCUGCCAGCCAUCACAUCCUGCUGCCCCGGCCGUCCAGCGGGGGCGUCUCGCUGGGCCCCAGCAACGUGUUCUGCGACAUGCCGCUGACGCUGAAGCUGGCGGUGGACGAGCAGGUGUACGGCGUUCAGAUCUUCACCAUGGAGCAGCACCUGGAGAUCGACGCCACCAUGCUGGCCUCCAAGCCUGAGUGCCCGCUGUGCCACCUGUGCCAACCCCUCAACUACCGCCUGCUGCGCCAGCCACCCUUCACCCACGCCCCGCAGGGCAUCAUCCUCCAGGACUCCUCGCGCAGAUAUGUCGACAGGGACGUGAAGGCUGGAGGAGUGUACAUCUACCAGGUCCAGACCAUUUCCACACAGGCGAGUGAGCCCUCCCCUGACCCAUAGAUACUUGGUGCCCCCCUACUGUGGGGAGACGGCAAGAUCCAGAGCUCCAGAGGUGAGGAAUGUGAUGACCACAACUCCAUGAAUGGAGACGGAUGUUCCAGCCAGUGCAAGAAGGAGCCAUUCUUUAACUGCAUCGAUGAGCCCAGCAUGUGUUACUUCUACGAGGGCGAUGGUGUGUGCGAGGACUUCGAGCAGGAGACGAGUGUGAGGGACUGCGGCCUCUACACGCCCAGUGGCUUCCUGGACCAGUGGGCAGCCGCCGUUGACGUCUCACACGAGGAGCGGCUCUACUGCCCCGCCGACGUGGCUGCCGGAUACCCUGCCAUCACCAAGACCUGCCAGUCCAAGGUGUUUGAGAGUGACCUGUCGGACGGGGUGUCACAGUACGCCUGGUUCCCCUGCCGAGAGGCGCAGCGCACAUCCUGGUACCCUGACUACUGGCUCAAGGCCCAUUUCUCCCACCCCAUGGUCGCGGCAGCGGUCAUAAUUCAUCUGGCGGCCGACGGCACCAGCUACAUUGACCAGACGCAGCGCAACAUCACGGUGCACCUGGUGGACACCAAGGAGGGCAUCCACGAGUUAGGAGACUGGCGCCUGAGCUGCCGCACCAACCCUUUGGUAAUCCCUGUGCGGCAUGACCUGAGCCUGGCCUUCUACCACACCAAGGCCAUCGUGGUGCUGUUCCGCUCCGACCUGGUGGCCAUCUCUGGCGUGGCGCUGCGCUCCUUCCAGUUCUUUGACCCCAUCACCAUCAGCGGUUGCCAGAGCAACGAGAUCUACAACCCCAUGGGUCAGAGCUGUGUCCGUUACUCGUGCGACGCCAUCAACUGCCAGAAGCCUCUGAUCCGCAAUGCGGAGGUGAGGUGCAGCAGCAGCAACUACUUCAAUGGUGCGCGCUGCUCUGUCACCUGCUCCAGCGGCUACGUGCUGCAGAUCCAGAGAGACGAUGACAUCAUCAAGAGCCAGGCCGGCCCCUCUGUGUCCAUCACGUGUGCCGAUGGGAAGUGGAACAAACAGGUGUCGUGUGAGCCGGUGGACUGCGGCCUGCCGGACAAGUACCACGUCCACCCAGCGGUCUUCCACUUCCCUGACGGCACCACCUACGGCAAGAAGACCACCUUCCAGUGCAAGGAGCCCGCGCAGCUAGUGGGCACCAAUAACACACUGACGUGCAUGGAGGACGGGCUCUGGUCCUUCCCAGAAGCCCUGUGUGAGCUGCGCUGCCCGGCCCCUCCCCUCGUACCCCACGCCGUGCUGCAGACCAAGCGCUGCAAUGAGACCGGCCUCAAAGUGGGGUCACUCUGCAAGUACAAAUGCAGACCGGGCUACCACGUUACCAACAAGCCCAAGAGGUGUGUGUGUGUGUUGGGCAGGCGUGGGGCUCGCCGUGCAGUGCACGGAGGGAUGGACGGGUUGAUAGGCUGUGAGCCGGUGACGUGCGGUCCUCCCCCGGACGUCUUCCACGGCGCAUACCUGUGCACGGAGGGUUUCCGCUUCGACAGCACCUGCUGGAUCAGCUGCCACGGCCCCAACCACACGGGUCCAAACACAAACGUGAUCCGCUGCAGGAAAGACGGCAACUGGACUGGGGCCUUCCACGUCUGCCCUCAGAUGAAGGGACAGUGCUCUUUACCUCAGAACCUCCACCCCAACAUCCGUGUCAGCUGCAGGAAAGGAUAUGGCAUAGGUGCGGAGUGUGACCUGUCAUGCCGAGACCCCAACAACAACAAUAACAAUGUGGUGAUACUGCCUAGCAACAUGACCUCAGACAACAUCCUCAAACACCACUGGCUCAACCCUCCCAAAGUGAAGAGUAUCGUGUGCACCAUGGGUCUGAAGUGGUUCCCCCAUCCUGAGGUGCUCCACUGUAUCAAAGGAUGUGAGCCGUUUAUGGGUGAUAAUUACUGUGACGCCAUCAACAACAGAGCCUUCUGCAACUACGACGGAGGAGACUGCUGUCAAUCCACCGUCAAGACCAAGAAGGUGAUCCCGUUCCCCACGUCCUGUGACAUGAGAGAAGACUGCGCCUGCCGAGACCCGCGGGCCCAUGAGAACGUGCUGGCCGACAGCGUGGCCACUCUGGGCUGAACAGGACCGCACAGAACUGGCCCCAGCCAGCUAGGACCGGACCGGACGGACGGACAUUCCUAUCACAUGCUGCUUUACAGGUGUACCUCUGGACCCCAUAGUACCCCCUAGCUGCCCUAUCUACCCCAUAGUACCCCCCCCCAACCUGCCCUAUC